AAACAAACUAUGCAGCUACUCUACAAGUUGAACUAAGCCAAGAACUUGAAGCUAACACAAGCACUUUGAAUCUUAAUUUUAGGCCUACUCAAAAUAAUUCAACUAUUGCUUCUACUGCCUCAGUUGCUAACAUUCCUAGUUACAGCUUAACUACAACAAUUAAAAGCAUGUAUUCAUUCAUAGCUGAGACAUCUAUACAUUCUUCAACUUUUACAACUUGCUGUGCAGAAGGGAAAAUUCAACUUCCUCCUUUUCUUAAUCUACCUUCAUCUUUAAAUAUGCUUCUUACUAGAAUGGAUUCUGAAGCAUGUUUAUUUAGACAGAAAAUUAGAAUGUAUAAUUCUGCAUUAGCUUUUACAUCUAUGAGUGUGACAAUUGAUUAUAGCAUAAUAGGAACAAGUGGUCAUAAACUGCAAAAUAAGAUGAGUGUAAUGUCUAAACUUGAUCCUCAAAUUCUUGCUACCCUUCAGCAAAUGCUACAUGAUAUUAAUCCCUAUUGCAGAAUAUUUAACCAAGCUACUAAUAUAUUAAAUUUGAAUUCAAUAUUUAACUUUAAGAUGGUAAUUACUAACAGUAGAUCCAAAGACUCUAGGCAUUACAAUAUUCUAACUGCUUCAGAAGUUGCACCCAACUCAAUUGUUAAUUAUAAUCCCAUUGUAUCAGCUAAGAUUUCAGAUGCAAAUACUGAUCUUUGUACCUUCAAAACUAUAAAAUGUUCUAUGAUGCAUGGUCCAUGUAGUGCUUUAAUGCCUAAUGCUUCUUGUAUGAAAAAUAAACAUUGCUCAAAAGGAUAUCCUAAACUCUUUCAAGAAAAAACUGCUAUUAAUAAUGAUGGUUAUCUUGUCUAUAUGUAA